GGAAACUGACACUCAUCCCCCACCGUCCAUCUCCCAUCCAACGGCCACAAUUUCUCCAGAACGUUCUCGAACUCCCGCGCUAUUCCGCCUUCCCCACUACGCUUCCCCGGCAUAUAAAACCUCCUCUCCUCUUCGCCGCAGUUCCUCAAUAUUGUUAGUACCUGAAUCUAACAGAAGCCAAAAAAAAAUCCGUCGAAAACCCUACGAUCUCUCUACGUUUUGUUCGAUUCUUUUUUCCUCCGGCGAAGAUAUGGCGAAAGGUGAAGGUCCUGCUAUCGGUAUCGACCUCGGUACCACGUACUCCUGCGUCGGAGUAUGGCAGCACGACAGAGUGGAGAUCAUCGCCAACGAUCAGGGCAACAGGACGACUCCGUCCUAUGUUGCUUUCACCGACACCGAGCGGUUGAUCGGCGACGCCGCUAAGAACCAGGUCGCCAUGAACCCCACCAACACCGUCUUCGAUGCGAAGAGGUUGAUUGGGAGGAGGAUCAGCGACCCCUCUGUCCAGAGCGACAUGAAGCUAUGGCCUUUCAAGGUGAUCCCUGGUCCUGCGGAGAAGCCCAUGAUUGUGGUCAAUUACAAAGGUGAAGAGAAGACCUUCGCUGCAGAAGAGAUCUCUUCCAUGGUGCUUAUUAAGAUGCGGGAGAUUGCUGAGGCGUAUCUAGGUACCACCAUUAAGAAUGCUGUCGUGACAGUUCCUGCUUACUUCAAUGAUUCCCAGAGGCAGGCUACCAAGGAUGCAGGAGUCAUUGCUGGCCUCAAUGUUAUGCGAAUCAUCAAUGAGCCUACUGCUGCUGCUAUUGCCUAUGGUCUUGACAAGAAGGCUACGAGUGUUGGGGAGAAGAAUGUUCUGAUCUUUGACCUUGGUGGUGGUACUUUUGAUGUUUCCUUGCUGACCAUCGAGGAGGGUAUCUUUGAAGUGAAGGCGACUGCGGGAGACACUCACCUUGGUGGUGAGGAUUUUGACAACAGAUUGGUGAAUCAUUUUGUUCAGGAGUUUAAGAGGAAGAACAAGAAGGAUAUCAGCGGGAACCCAAGGGCCCUCAGGAGGUUGAGGACUGCUUGCGAGAGGGCGAAGAGAACCCUUUCAUCCACUGCCCAGACCACCAUCGAGAUUGACUCUCUAUAUGAGGGUAUUGAUUUCUACUCCACCAUCACCCGUGCCAGAUUCGAGGAGCUCAACAUGGAUCUCUUCAGGAAGUGCAUGGAGCCAGUGGAGAAGUGUUUGAGGGACGCCAAGAUGGACAAGAGCGCCAUUCAUGAUGUCGUUCUCGUCGGUGGAUCCACCAGGAUUCCCAAGGUGCAGCAGUUGCUUCAGGACUUCUUCAACGGGAAGGAGCUCUGCAAAAGCAUCAACCCUGACGAGGCUGUUGCUUAUGGUGCAGCAGUGCAAGCUGCCAUCUUGAGCGGUGAAGGCAACGAGAAGGUGCAGGAUCUUCUUCUGUUGGAUGUCACUCCUCUUUCUCUCGGGCUCGAGACUGCUGGUGGUGUCAUGACUGUUUUGAUCCCGAGGAACACCACCAUCCCAACAAAGAAGGAACAAGUCUUCUCUACUUACUCCGACAACCAACCCGGUGUGUUGAUCCAGGUCUUUGAGGGUGAGAGGGCCAGAACCAAGGACAACAACUUGCUCGGCAAGUUCGAGCUGUCUGGCAUCCCCCCUGCCCCAAGAGGAGUACCCCAAAUCACCGUCUGCUUCGACAUCGACGCCAACGGUAUCCUGAACGUCUCGGCCGAGGACAAGACCACGGGGCAGAAGAACAAGAUCACCAUCACCAACGACAAGGGGAGGUUGUCCAAGGACGAGAUUGAGAAGAUGGUUCAGGAGGCGGAGAAGUACAAGUCCGAAGACGAAGAGCACAAGAAGAAGGUGGAGGCCAAGAACGCCUUGGAGAACUACGCUUACAACAUGAGGAACACCGUCAAGGACGAGAAGAUCGCUGCCAAGCUCGACGCUGCCGACAAGAGCAAGAUCGAGGAUGCCAUCGACAAGGCCAUCCAGUGGCUGGACAACAACCAGCUGGCGGAGACUGACGAGUUUGAGGACAAGAUGAAGGAGCUCGAAGGCAUCUGCAACCCGAUCAUUGCCAAGAUGUACUCUGCAGGUGGCGGCCCUGGCAUGCCUGGUGGUGGCAUGGACGAGGAUGAUGAUGUUCCGGCUUCCGGUGGCAGUGGAGCUGGCCCUAAGAUUGAAGAAGUGGACUAAGUUGAUUCGGUUUUAUAGUUGUUGGAGACGAUGGUAGUGGAUGUUUGGACUGUGCCUUUUUUUUUCUGGUUUAAUUUGCUCUAUUGUCUGUUGGUCGGGAUGCAAGCUUAUGGCUUGCUUGUUUUGUUUUUUAUGCAAUUUAAGUAGUACAUUUGUCAUUCUCAUUUCGGCAUUCUUGAUCUGGCCACUUCAAGAUUAACUUUUCUCUCUAAUUUCGAUAAUAUAUGCAAAACCCUUGCAAUCGGCUGGGAAAUGG